GUUGACUCCAAAACUUCAUCGCCAUGGCACCCAACGACCAGCAUAGCUCUAGAUCCAAACCAGUGAGGUCAAAAUCAGGCAAAUACCGCAUCAAAUCAUCAUUGUUCCGUCAACCGCCGCUGGUGCCUGACGCCCACAGUGCCGACCCAAACUUCACAAAUAUAUUCUCAAAUAGAGAUCGGCCUUCGACAUCAAAUCCUUCAGGCCCAGUGCCCACCAACUCCACCUAUCUCAGCUCGGACUCCAGUAUCAGUUUUCGACGCGAACGCCUGGGCCUCUACGUCCAAAACUACGUCCCACCUCCCGGACCGCAAUAUACGGCUCUCCAGGCCGCCCACAGAGAGCCACAGCCAAAGCCUGGACCCAAACCAAUCGACUGGGGAGGCUGGGACAUCCCAAAACCAAAACAGGACAAUGCAGAUGAGAAUGCUGAGCCGGUGCUGUGGGGAGGAGCACCUGCGGGCGAUAAUAGCGUGAAGUGGGCCCCGACGAGCGGAAAGGGAAAGAAGAAGAACAAAAGCAAGGCGUCGCGUUUCCAGGGGCAUUUUUUGGAGCCACCGGUGGCGAGGAUCAAAGUGGACAUCCAAGAAAAAGGCGUGAAGUGGCGAACCUCCCCUAUCGAUGGUGGACCUGGUACAGGGCUGGGCGACACUGCUGUGGAUUCCCAAACGCAAUUCAUGCCCUGGGAGGCCCCUGACAUGGAUGGAAGUCUUAACUGUAUGGAAACGGAGAUGGCCGAUGCCAAUGCUUCAUCCGUGGCUAAAAACCGGAACGAUCGAAAUGCCCGUGGCAGUUACCAUCGUUCCGGUUUCUAUUUCCUGGAGCCGCGUCCUGCACCGUUUGUGCUGGAGGUGAGCGACGACGAAGAGGAGAACUCGGAAGACGAUGAGGACGAGGACGAGGAUGUGAAGUAAUGUGAAUGGGAUAUGAAGAUGUAGGCUUUUCGGCUGCCACAUCCACAUUGCUUUGCAAUCGUUCGAACUGUACAAGUGGGGCUUUAUUGAUUCCGAGCUGGAAGUUUCAAGGCAAAACAGAA